AUGGAUACUGCGGCUACGGUUCAUAAUGAUUCUGGUUGCUCCAGUUCGGAUAGCAAUGAUGGAUUUGAAUUAAUCGGGCCUUACGACAUUAGUUCGAUGGAUGAUGAUACUAGCCCGAAGUCGGAUGAUAAUAAUACUCAGAGCAACCGCGAUUCCAAUAAUGAUUUAAGCACUAGUUAUGAACAAAGCUGUGACUCCCUCACUUACAACACUAACUCUAUUGAUUCCAGUCAUGUUGAAUCCAACGUUGAUUUCACUUAUGAUUCUUGUGAUGAUUCUAGUGAAUCUGAGAGUGGAGAUGAAGUUCUUGUUGCUGUUGGUACUGAUACUGAAGACUGUGAAAUUUGCUCGGCGCAGAAUGUUCCCGAAGAUUUCUUGGCUCGCCACAAAAGAGUUAUGCAUGAAAAGGUGCAAUGGCCAAAGAAAACGAUUCUUUGCCCAUUAUGUGAAAGAUUGUUCCGAACAAAAUUCGAGACAUCUUGUCAUUUAAUAAGACAACAUUCGAUAGAUCCAACAGGAUUCUACGAUGAUUUUUUUAAAAAUCCUUUAAAAUAUGCUUCAGCUGCACGUGUUGAGGGCGAAAUCAGAGAAACGAUGCAAAAAAUUAGGAAUAUUUUAAAGUGGUUAAUUGGAGGUAUUAAAUGA